UGUGCUCCUCCAAUAAAAGUCAAACUUUAUCAAACUGUGAAGCUGCGUUUGGACGGUGCAAAGAUGCUGCGUUUGUUUGAAACUUAACUGUUCGGCAGUUUGUAGUUAGAGAGAAACGGAGAGUCGUGAUUUACCGUAAAUUUCGUGACGCCUCAUUACCAUGGAAACAGUGCUCGUGCGCUGAGAGGAAACAGUCCGUGUUAACUUCAGCAUCAACCUCUUUAACGUGGUCGGAUAAAUACAAACCUGUUGGAUAUCUGUUUGUAUUUUCGCCCUGCUGCUUUACCAUCAAUUUUAACUUGGCAACGAACCAGGUGAGGAUGACAGAGCUUCAAACAGAGAAGAGGAUCCACAACUUGACCCUCGAGCAAGUCCAAGCCCUGGAUAAGGUCCUGACUGAAGUGAUCCCCAUCCAUGGCAGGGGAAAUUUCCCAACUCUGCAGGUGAGAGCCAAAGACAUCAUCCGUGUGGUGAAGGAACGUCUGAUCGAAAGAGACAUCCAGGUCAAAGACAUACGACUCAACGGCGCAACUGCCAGCCAUGUCCUGGUGAGGGAUAACGGCCUUGGCUGCAGAGACUUGGACAUCAUUUUUGGAGUGGAGCUGCCCCGGCAGGAGGACCUCCAGGUGAUUAAAGAGGUAGUUCUGGGAAGUCUGCGAGAUCUCCUCCCUUGUGGAGUGAACAGACGAAAGAUCACUUGCCUGACGAUGAAGGAGGCAUACGUGCAAAAGAUGGUGAAAGUCUUCAAUGAGCAUGACAGGUGGAGCCUGAUCUCACUUUCUAACAACAGGUCGAAAACCGUGGGGCUCAGGUUUGUCAGUUCCCUUCGAAGGCAGUUUGAGUUCAGUGUGGAUUCCUUUCAGAUAAUAUUAGACAGAAUGCUGGAGUCUUACUGGGAGACUGAAAGGAGACAGGAGGACUUUACCAUCACUGUUGAAGCAGAGUGCAUGUAUGGAGACUUCCAGCAGGCCUUGGACCACCUUCGCCAUCGCCUCAUUGCCACUCACAGCCCAGAGGAGAUAAGGGGAGGGGGUUUACUGAAAUACAGCGACCUGCUGGUGAGGAACUUCCGACCUGCUAGCGAGACAGAGAUCAAGUCCUUGGAGCGAUACAUGUGCUCACGUUUCUUCAUCGACUUUCCCGAUGUAAGUGAGCAGCAACGUAAGAUCGAGGCUUACCUGCAGUGUCAUUUCAUCGGCAACGAGGAGGCAAGCAAGUAUGACUACCUUAUGACCCUGCGGCGCGUGAUAGACGAGAGCACUGUGUGUUUGAUGGGACAUGAGAGGCGGCAGACGCUCAACAUGAUCACAGUUCUCGCUCUGAGGGUGCUGGGCGAGCAGAACGCCAUCCCCAACACGGCCAACGUCACCUGUUUCUACCAGCCAGCGCCAUACGUGACAGAGCCCAUUUACAGCAGCUACUUCAUCACCCAGGCCCAGCCCCCGCUCGUCUACCACCCCUACCCCCCUUUACACGUCCACAUGCAGACUGGCCUAGUGUAGCGACAGUGACGUGCCCACGAGGAGGCAUGUCGGCAGCUUUCUGCAUGGUGCUCUGCUGUAACAGGCACAAAUGGAAGU